AGGGAGCACACAGGACUGAGUUGGCGCCUGCUUCCUCGGAUGUAGACAUUACUGGCUGGAUGACCAGCCUAAGCCAGCUAGCUUGAGUCCAGGGCCUCCUCAGGCACUGUGUUUCUGCUCUGUGGGCUGCAGCCCCAUAACCCAGUGGGGUGGCAUGUCACAGAGGAAGGCCAGAGGGCUGCCAGCCAUGCCAGGGGUGGGCCACAGCCAGACUCAGGCCAAAGCACGGUUGCUGCCAGGCGCUGACAGGAAGAGGAGCCGCCUCAGCAGGACAAGGCAGGACCCGUGGGAAGAAAGAAGCUGGAGCAAUCAGAGAUGGAGCAGAGCUACCCCUGGCCCUCGAGGGACCAGGGCUGGGGGCCUGGCUCUUGGCAGGAGUGAGGCCUGUCCUGAGAACGCCGCGCGGGAGCGGAGCCGGGUCAGGACGCUGCGCCAGGCCUUCUUGGCCUUGCAGGCUGCUCUGCCUGCCGUGCCGCCCGACACCAAGCUCUCCAAGUUGGAUGUGCUGGUGCUCGCCGCCAGCUACAUAGCCCACCUCACCCGCACGCUCGGCCACGAGUUGCCUGGCCCCGCCUGGCCACCCUUCCUGCGUGGACUCCGCUACUUGCACCCUCUCAAGAAGUGGCCGAUGCGAUCUCGUCUCUAUGCUGGAGGCCUGGGGUACUCUGAUCUUGACUCCACCACAGCAAGCACCCCCAGCCAAAGAACAAGAGACGUAGAGACUGUGAUUCAUGCUUAGGGACCUGGAUUUUCUGCCAGCCCCCACCUGUCUUCACUCUGAUUCUCAGCCAUCAGACUUGAUUCAGACUCAGCUCCCAAGUUCCAGCAUGCAGACCAAGAGAAACAGUAACACUUCUGUGACGGACAGUACCCAGAGGGGCAUAGGAUGGAGAGCCUCCUCCUUGGUCCCCAAGAGGGGACUUCCCUAUGGCUCUUCUGUGACAGCUACUGGGAAGUGGGAGAGAAAGAGGUAUAAUUGGGCUCAAAGUUGAGCUAGGGAACCACCCUAACUUUCUUCCCCUAAGGUUUCUACAAACCCUCUGCAGAUAGCGAAGACAGGUGCAGAGGGAGGGGCCUGGGAUGGCACCAGCCCCAGCUGCUGAUGGGAAAGCCAGGUGACCAGAUAGGCUCUUGGUAGCUGCAAGUGUAAACAGAUCUGGGCUGGGUCACACAGCCAGAAGAAAACUGAAGAAGGGAAUGUGCUUUCUAACUGCAUCAUGAGAUGCUUACCUGAUGUUAGAGAGAUAGUGGGGAAUUCAGGAUUCUUGCCUCUGUAGUAUCUGUAGUAUGGGCCUCUCCAGAAGCUGCCCCUCACCACUACAUUUUCUCUCUCUCUUGGCUCCUGCACUCUUCCACUCUUUUCUUCUUCUUUUUAUGCAGAGAUGGGGUCUUGAUAUGUUCAAGGCUGGCCUUGAACCCCUGGCCUCAAGUGAUCCUCCCACCUCAGCCUCCUAAAGUGCUGGGAUUGCAGGCAUCAUCUCUGGCCCUAAAGAAAUAACUUGAGAACUAAUCGUAGAAUCUACACACACUGAAAAUAAUUUUCCAGAUCAGAUAUAGCCUCAAACCUUGCACCUGAAGUCCAGACAGGGAACAAAUUACCUUUCGGUUAAAUUUCAGCCCUUCAGAGUGAGAGGGAAUGGGCAUGACCAACUAGAGUCCCAACAAGGUUAUCCUUAGACACACACCAUUGUUGUCAUCAUGAAUGUAAGUGAGCUCUAGGCAGGCUGGGAAUGGUUGGGGUCUGGGUUCUGGCAUGACAGGACCCUGUACCUCCAUAGGGCUGGCCAGGGCAGAGCUGAAAUAGGGCUGGGGGUGCAACUGAGCCACUCGUGGUAGAGGUAGAAAAAGAGACACAGAACAUUCCAGCCCCGAGCUGCCUGGGAUGUGGGAGAACAGCUGGAAUGUGGCCGGGAGCCAUGGGGAGAAGGCCUCGGCCAAGGCUGAACUCAUAAAUCUGCCUUGAACCAAGUCUCCACAGAGGGACCCUGGAAAACUUGUGCAGAGCUGAUGUGGGCAGCUGCACAGGGCCAGGCAGGGGCAGAGGCCAGGUGUGGGAGGGCGUGAGCACAGUGUUCUUCACAAGACCAUAAAAGUCCAGCUAGAAUGUACUAUUUUUAAAGCCAAACAGCAGUAUCUUCCUGGUUGAGUUCACAGAGGUGGUAGGAUGAGAAGCAGAUACAUUUCCUCCUCAGUUGGUGGCACACUGUUGUCCUGGGGAUGAAGGGAAAUUGGCUUGGGGGGUGUGUCGGGGUUCUUCGGAUAGCAUAGACCUUCCCCUGAUGAUAGAGUAGACUUUGAGUAGCUUGCCCCACCCUGCCCUGCUCAGACUCAGGCCUUUGCUUAGUAACAUUAGAGCCCUCUGGAGCGACUGCAUGGCCCUGGUGGAGACAAGGAGGGCACAGGAAGGAUGAUGCAGGUGGAGGGCUGCAGGAGGCGGGUCCCAUCACAACAAGUGUCUCAGGCUGUCUUGGGCCCUUUCCAGGCAAAGCUGUUCUCAUUUGUGCCCAGGACAGUCGUGGGGGGCAGGGCAGAGGCCAUCUCCCCCAGCCACGGAGACCCAGCCCCAUCAGGCCAGCAAGCAAAGAGGCCUGGAAGAGGGCAGGGUGAGCCAAGGGGAUGAAUGGGUAUAACCAGAGGAUGGACUGGGCCCUCCCUCCCUGACAAGCACAGUAAUGCCCUUGAGACAUGUCAGGACUUGGAUUCGCCAAUGAACCAGAACCAGGAGUAGCCCCUUUGUCUCUGCAGCGAGAAAGAAAAACACGGCCCAGUUCGGUGGCUCAUGCCUGUAAUCCCAGCACUUUGGGAGGCCGAGGCGGGCAGAUCAUGAGGUCAGGAGUUCGAGAC